AUGGAGCACACUCUUUAUGAAGACUACGGUCAAGCACGGCCCAUCCCAAGUGCAACGCUUCCCGAACGACGAAAGAGUCUGGACGGCAGCCAGCGCCAGGGGCCGCGCCAUUUGCAGAAGAAGCGCCCAGAUACCAAGGGCCCUGCAUUCCCCCGACAGAAUGCGCCAGACGUGGAUAUCUUUGAUCAGCUUGAUUCCCUGAGUGCAGAGCAGGCCAUGAAGAUGAGAAAAGGGUCCUUGCGGUACGCCGUGCGGCGAAUAUUCGGACGGCGAUCGCGAGACGUCGAAGACCCCCCAUCUCCAGCGUCUCCUCCGCGCGCGGACUCCAUCGUCGCGGAUUCCAUCCCAGUCGAGUCAUCGAUAAGCUCCGAGGACCCGACACCGUCUGACGAUGCCGUCCAGCGCACUCUCUCCGCACCCGUUUCCAUCUUGCCUCAACCUGGCCUUCGACGCAGUCGAUCACCCUAUCAAUUCCCCCACAGCGCCAGUCUCAAGCCACUUGCCCUUGGCAAUCCAUACACUGCACCCGGAAGUCGAUUGAAGAGACGCAAGUCCUUACCAAGCGUCUUGGUUUCCGAGAGCGAAGCAGCAACUCUCUCCAUGGCGCUUGCGUCACCUCGAACUCCGAUGCAGUCUAGCCCAGACGCGAGCCACGAACUCCCCCCCGAUGUAGUCGAGAUCACAUCCAGACGUGAAAGGAGGCGAUCGCGAAGUGUCGACGACCUGCUGCGUAGCGCAUGUGAAGCGCCGCUAUCGCCACAAAGCGGGAAGCGGGAGAUGCGACAGUGGCGCGAGAGCUUCCAAUACGACGUGUUGCGGGCAAGCGGCUUUACAACCCGAAGCCCUGUCGCAGCAGCCCAAGACCAGCGCCAUGAAGACGACGCCCCUCCGUCCACUCCGAGAACAUCUCCCAAGAAACCCAAGCGAAGCAUCGUUACACCACCUCUACGACAGGACGCCAGCAUCAAAGGAACAGGCGCGACCUCCACUGUCGGCACGGAAGCAUCUCGAGAUCUGGAAGACCGAGUCGCGACACUCGAGGCCGGCGUGCACACAUUCCGUGGACAGCUAGCUCAACUCUCAGCGGAUCGCCGUCGCGGCACUGCACGGAUUGGAGAGUCAUCGCCCGAGAGUGUCAGUUCGCGCGGCGGUCGCUCCGCAAGUGAGCUGGCGAAAGAUUUACAGCAAGAUCUGCCCCCGUCGGACUACCAGUACGAGCGAAGUCGACCCGUGCGGACAACGGCAUCGCCGCCCAGGCGUUCGCCAGUAACCCCCACACGCGCCAAUCCCUCCACACUGACGCCACCAUUGUCAAGCUGCGAUCCGCCAGGCAACAACGACCCUUUCGUCUCGCCCAUCCGCGAAGCAACGAACAAAGCCCUCCACGUCAAUACCUGCACCAACUUCUCCAUGCCGCAAUACACCUUCCGCUCUCUGUACGAGAUGCUGGCCGACGAGCGCUCGGCACGGCGCCGUCUAGAAACCGAAAUGAAGGCUCUGAGGGCGGAGGUUGCAAGCCUGCACGAUCAACUGUCGCAGCAAGCGGACGUGCGAAGUGAACGAAGCAUCUAUCACGCUGCUGUGGAUCCCAUGGUGGGCUCGAGUCGAUUGCAUGCGAUGUUGCAAGGCACAGAGAGCCCGGCGAGCACCGUGCAGUCGCACACGGAGCAUGAAUCAGGCGAGUACCGAGCAGCGCGGGAGAGACUUACGAGCAGGUUCAGCCGAUCGGAGAGCGAGCUGGGGUAUGCGUCGCAGAUGGAGGCAGAAGAGCUGCACACGCCUUACGAUGAGUAUCGGACGCCGAUGGAAGAAUUCUACUUUUUCACUCCGCGGCCGAGUGAUGACGAGACAUUUUGA